GUGUGUGUGUGUGUGUGUGUGACAAAGAGAGAGAGAGAGAGGGAUAGAGAUCAAAAAAACUCAAAGACUUCUCCAAUCCAAUGGCUCUGUUUGAAUCAGAAAUUGGAUGCAAGAAGCACUUAACCCACCAGCAACAACCGGGUGUUUGUUCUUCGUGUCUCAGAGAAAAACUCUUAAGGCUCUAUGGUGGCUCCUCCUCUUCUUCUUCUUCUUCUUUUUCUUCCUCUUCAAGAACCAAAAGGAACAGGGCUUCUACUUCUUCAUGUUCUUCUUCUCUCUCUUCAUCACCAGCUGCUAAUUACUACUCUUCUGCUUCUUCUUCCACAAACAUGUCUCCUCUUCAUCGUGGUCAUCAUCGCAUACCUUCGGCUCUUGUGGGUUCGAUCUCUUUUGAAGUAACUGAAAACGGUGUGCUGAGAAAGAGCAGGUCGAUGGCGGUGGUGGCGAGAGGCGGAACUGGGGAAGUUUCGGGUGGCAAGAAGAGAGGAGGAUUCUGGUCAAAGCUGCUUCGGUCGACUGGGAAGAGCACUAAGAAGGUUUUUAUGCAUUCAAGGACUGUAAAAUUAGAAAGCUUUGAGUAA